CAAUGCAAAACAUAUAUUAAAGUUCUUUUGGCAAAUGGAGUUAAGCCACACCUAGAUCCUGCCCUAUUUUCACAAAAAGGCACAAGCUUUUCUUCAGCUACGUUUAUGUGUGUGCCGGUGCUGUUAGUACCCGGCUGUGUAACUUGAUAGGGGGCAUCGAGAGGGAUAAGGGAAUGUUGAGUUGCAAUGGAGCAGAGUACGAUACAGUGGUUAGGUGCUCCUAGCUGCCUUCGAGGCUCCUUUGCCUUUUAUAAGUCAGUGGGUUGCAAGCAGGAAUCCGGGGGUCCGACUCAGGUCUGGAAGCUUGGGGAGUUCUACUUCAUGCGCUGUGGCCCUCAGGAGCCUGUGUGUAUAGCGGAGGUCACAUUGUUGUGGGAAGAUCAGACGCAGCGCCGCCUGCUGGCCAGUUCCAGACUCUACUUCUUACCUGAGGACACUCCGAAGGGCAGAGCAGUGGAGCAUGGAGAGGAUGAAGUCCUCGCUGUAUCAAAAAAGAUUGUAGUGAGAGUGGAGGAUCUGGUGAAGUGGACUUGUCAGGAACCGCCACAGUGGAAGCGCAGCAGUCAAAACAUUCAUGGGCCUCUGAUGUCUGAUGGGUCACAAGAUGCUAGUUAUCCACAGGAAGGAAAAACAAAGAGUGAGGAUGAGUCUCUAGGAGUGCAGCAGAAGGUGAAAAUUCUCAGUUACCCCCAGUACUGCCGCUUUCGUUCCCUUCAAAGACGUGUCCCGGAUCAAGCUAGCUGCCCUGGUCUGCAGGACCCUCAUCUGUUGGCUCUGGGGGGAAUAAAAGUGGCCCUCCAAAACACACGAGUCCUCUACUGUCGGGAUACCUUCAACCACCCUACUCUAGACAACAAUGCUAGCAUACUGACACAGCUUGGAUGUUCCUCUCUCAGUCUAAAAGGGAGGCCUCGUAAAAGAAAGGGCAUGGAUGGUAAAGGAUCCGAUCAGCAAAACCAUAACCAUUUAUCAGAGUCAUGGAUGGAAAGAAUGAAGGAGAAUGUGAUGGGCAGUGUGGAGAUGCAUUGGGAUGGGAACUGGCUCCCACAUCCAGAAGAGCAGCUCUUCCUGGAUCAGCUAUAUAUCUUUAUGGAGCGGAGGGGUUCCCCUAUAAGCAAAGUUCCCAACCUGGGAUUCAAAAAGAUUGACCUCUUCCUCAUGUAUUCAGUUGUAAAAAGGCUGGGGGGAUAUGAGAGGGUGACAUCGCACCGUUUGUGGAAGACCGUGUACAAUGAGUUGGGUGGAAGCCCAGGCAGCACCAGCGCUGCCACCUGCACAAGGAGACAUUAUGAAAGGCUGAUGCUCCCUUAUGAACUCUAUGUAAGGGGAGAAAACCCAGAACUUAGCAAGGCCAGAGCUACAUCUGUCUUUCCCACUACCAUCAAAAAGACUGUACGGGGCAGAGGGGUGUCAAACAGCCCAAAAAAGAAUGCAGUUACAAACCAGGCCUCACCACCAGAUGGUGUUGUUGUACGUAAAAGAGGAAGACCACCUGGAAAACGCAAUGCUAAAGUUCUGGCCAGAGGCAGAGUUGGAAGACCGCCCUUGCAUCCCAAACCUCCCUCGGAGAAACCAGCAAGACCCCAUCAGGAAAUCGUCCAGCCAUUGACUAUUUUUCAAGAACUGAAGCUCACCAGCCAUCCUCAUGGCCAAGGUCUGUCCCUUGUAUCCUCUACUCCGGUGCCCCACCAGCCUGUACUGGGACGAGAUGUGAAGACGGAGACUGUAGAACCUCAUGCUCCCUCUUUUCUGUCGGUUCCUUGCAAGUUGCUGGCAGGUGGUUCCCUGGAAGGAUUCAGUCCCACUAAAGGACUGUGUCCUUUGGACCUCUUUAGAGCCCGUCUGGGCCUCAAUGGAGUGAGUGCUCAUGAGGUUACUCCUCAAGAUUCUUCUACACCCCACCAGACAAUUAUGGUCCAUCAGCCCAAAGUCAGCACACCCGAGACCCCUGAGAGUCUCCAGCACCAGUGUUCAGGGUGUAGUUUGGAUGCCUCAUCCCAAAACGGAGGACCCACCAUGACCAGAGCUCCCCUGCCUCCUCUUAGGAUCCUUCCGCUUGACAUAGGCUGUAGUCUGCAAUUGCGUCAACUGAUGCGCACCCGUCUUGGCUCGACACACAUGAACACCUUCACCAAGAGACUUUCUGAAGUUCUGGCUCAGGAUCUCAGCAAGACCUCCCAACCCAACGGGAGUGUUCCUCAAGAGCAAUCCCUUCCACUGAACCUGAGCAAGAGAGCCAUUACCAAGAGGUCUGCUGGGGACAUGGAGCUCACAGAACUGCAGGGUCGGGAUGUACAGUCUAUGACCAAGAGACCAAAGGUGGAAACUGAGGAUCUGGAAGCAUCCCUAAAGUGGAAUGGCAUGCCCUUUCUGGUGCCUUUGAAUCAAGAUGAGCCAGCUGAUCUUAGCUCUCCUAGCAGGGCCAGAGCUUUAGUUCAGGACAGGACCAAUGUGGCUUUGACUCUUCCCGAAGCCACUUGUUUCUCUUUUGUACCCAAAUUGGAUGUCCCCAUUGAAAAGCCCUACAGUAUUGGUGUUUCCCCAGACACUCUACCUUGUAUUUAUCACAUGAAACAAGGGGAAGACAAGACCAGCACAAACACAGUGACAGUUAAGAAAGAACCAGAGAGCGCAUCUCUGGAUCCAAAUCUAGAACCUCAAUCAAACAGUGACCUCUACCCGCAGUGUGUACCUACUGAUGAUAUGAAAGAGUUGGAUGCAGUUUCCUCUCUCAAAGUACUCUCUAGUUCCCUCCUUUCGAAGCCAUCUAGCUGUUAGCAUGCAGGCAUGGGAGUGUUACUAACUCUUGCAUACUUUAUCACUCCUUUCUGCUCUGCCUUUCCCGCAAGCACGUUUGUGUUGUGUAUGAUCAAAGAGACAGUUCUGCAGAUGCAUUGCUAUCUGCUAAGUACCUGCUUUUAAAACACUACUAAACUUUGAACUGAUGCAGGUGGCCAUGGUUUUACCAAAGAUAAGGUGCCUUGAACUUGAUUAUUCUAUAUUUUAGUACUUUUUAAGUUGAAACAUAUGCUGUAGAUAGUCGAUCGUUAAGUGGCCAGCCAAUAAAGGACAUUUAAUAUGACUCAUGGAGCAUUUAAUUUCUUCUUUGGAAAAAAACACAGAUAUUUAAGAAAAACAUGGACACAGAAUCUGGGUCUGGUUACUGUUGGAUUCAGAUAUCAAAAACAUUGUGACAUCAUUGCAGAAGAUUUGGUCAGCUACUGUACUUUUUCCUUAGGCAUAAAUGCUUUGUUUAUAAAUGGUAAUUUGUUCUUAUUUAUAUAAAACUGUGUCAUUUUGUGGGUGUAGGUUAUACUCUCAGUUAUUAUUUAUCUGUUUUACACCUUUAUCUGGGUUCUUCUUUACUGUUCUGUUCUUAAGCAGUGUGAUUUUUCUCCUCUUUGUGUGUAUUUUGUUGAACCUUGCUAUUUAAGAAAUGGGCACCAUAUGACCUCUGUGCUGGAUCUUAUCUUAUUUUCCCUAGCUACUCAUUUUAAAACAAUGUACUGUAUUGUGCAAAUGGUAUGCAUAUUUUGGGUCUCAAUGCAAAUUUCCUCUUGUUUUUCGUUUAUCAUUUUAAAAGUGCAUUUUAUUACAUAUAGUCAUAUAUUGUAGUUAAUUACUAUGUGUUCCUGAUAAACCAUCGAAUGGUUUACCAUAGACAUCAUUGACAUGUGUUUACAGAGAAACUGAUGUAGAACCGACUGUUGUGAGAAAAUGGGUAACUUAAUUAGCUUUUCACUCCUCCUUUUAGUCCGACCUCUCGAUGCAAUGCAUUUCACAGGUUUACAGAUGAAAUUAUAUUUAAUAAUUUUCACUUGGUUUAUAAUGAAUAGUGAUUAAUUACUUGUGUAAAACACAUUUGUAUGAUCAUUCUUUAUUAUUCUGUUGGUUGUAUUUUUCUUUCAUUUAAUUUCUGUACUUGAAAGGCAGCCAAACAGAACGCUAAUCCCUAUUUAAUGUUCUAUAAACUGUUGUAAUACCACCAGGUUACAAAAAAUAUUUUUUUUCCUUAUUUUGCAUGCUAUGCUAAUGGAACAUGGACUCUGUGACACUUUGUCACUGCAGACAUGUUUAAACACUGAAUAUUUAUAAUAAAAAAAUAUGUAGGCUA